GCUCGUACAACAUAGUUCGGCAUGAUGAACGAAGGGGAUAGAUCGCGAAGUCUUGGCCAUAUAACUAGACCGCUCUCGCUCGUCCUCAUUCAGAAUGCUCCGCCCUCUCUUCUCUACCCGUUCUACUGCACGAUCUCAUUUUCUCACCGCCCACCACUCGCGUACUAGUCUUGCACCUCUAUCUAAGGUUUCAGUCAUGUCUUUCCACUACAGACCAAACACAGAGCCUCCAAAAGAGAUGGCUGUUUUCAACAACUUGGCCAAGAUCGCUUCGGAGAGUGGCAAGUUUCGACGAGUCCUGUGGACUGGACGAAACAGUCAGCUCGUCAUCAUGACAAUCCCUGUCGGCGGUGAAAUUGGAGAAGAAAUUCAUACUGUCGACCAGCAUCUGAGCUUCCACUCUGGUACAGGCAAGGCAAUCGUCAACGGCAAGACGGAGGUCGUCGCGCCUGGGGAUGUUGUCAUUGUCCCCGCAGGAGCCCAACAUAAUUUUAUCAAUACGAGCGAGACUCCUCUCAUUAUCUCAACUGUCUAUGCUCCGGCUGAGCACAAGGCGGAUACUGUGCACUCGACUCGGGAGGAAGGCGAGAGACUGGAAGCAGGGGGGGGCCUCCCGGGUGGGCUUUGGAUUUGCACAAGAUUGACAAAGACUAGGUGGUGAUGAUGCUGUGGUUCAGGAUGUUCUCAAAGUUAUCCUGUAUCUCUAAUUGAAUAUGUUGUCAAUCAGGAAUC